UCUCAGUAGUUCUCCACCCACCAGCCGAUAUAGAGGACGCCACUCAACCGACGCGGGGUUCUCAUUUAAACAUAUGGCAAAAACAGCCCUCUCUCUUUCUUUCGUCGUUGGGCCCACUACUCUUUAAAAAUUCCGCCGAAAAAGAGAAGACGAUUUUCCAAAACCUGUUGGCCGUUAUCUCACGGCUCCCCUGUCUCUGCACAGGUGUAUGAGCGCUACCCAGGGGGCCUAGGGGCGGCCCUUUACCGGGAGCACUUUGACUUCAACGCUGAGCCACCUUGGGAUCCUAGCUGAUAGCGGGACAGGUCCAUCUCCUGACUUGUCCAUUUUGUUGCAUACCGGCAGGACCCCAUUGGCUCAGUCGUGACCCCUUGACUUGUUUAUUCGUUCUUUAUGAUUAUCGGCUUAGUGGAAUACGGUUAAGAUGAAAGGACUCCCUGACAAACCCAACUACAUAAUUGAACUCCUGGAGGGAGGAGUUACCCUGGAAGAUGUCAUUGAUGGGCACAUUUGUGAACAGGCUCAGGUGGAAAAGUGUGCGUUUGUGGUGGGUGACCUGGGUGCCGUGAUGCACCAGCAUGUGUGCUGGCAGAGCGUGGUGCCACAGCUGCAGCCCUACUACCCUGUCAGGUGCAACAGCAGCCCUGCAGUCAUAGAGGUCCUGGCCUCUUUGGGCUUGGGCUUUGUUUGUGCCAGCAAGGCUGAGUUGACCCUGGCCCUGGAGCAUGGUGUGCCACCAGACAACAUCAUUCUGUCAGGUGUUUUCAAGCAGCUGGCUUUUAUCAAGCAUGCUGCCAAGAACAACAUCCAGCAUCUUGUGUGUGAAAAUGAGCCAGAGUUGACCAAGAUUGCUCGCUUACAUCCUGAUGCAAAGUUGCUGUUGCAGUUGACCACUGAGGCUCACGCAGCUGAGACCAGCGUGCCCUUUGGCUUUUCUCUGAAGAGCUGCAAACAUUUGCUGGAUACAGCCAAGGAGCUGGGUGUCCAGGUGGUAGGAGCAACCUUCCACAUCCCUAGCUCCUGCCAAGACCUGCAACAGGCCUACACUCGUGCACUGUCAGAUGCCCGCUGUGUAUUUGAUAUGGGGUUGGAUCUGGGAUUUAACAUGCACAUCCUGGACAUCGGUGGUGGAUUUACUGGCUCAGCGUUUCAGCUCAAACAGGUUGAGUCUGCAGUCAGACCACUCCUGGAUGCUUACUUCCCCCAGCGGUCGGGUGUGCAAGUGCUGGCCCAGCCGGGUGACUUUUACGUGGCUUCGGCUUUUACGCUGGCUGUCAAUGUCAUUGGCAAGAAGCUGGUGUCCUGCCACUGGGAAGACUUAUCACAAGGUGAGAAGAAUGAGGACAUGGAGUUCUUGUAUUACAUGAAUGAGGGUGUUUAUGGCUCAUUCAACCACAAGCUGCUGGGAAACACCAUCACUGCCCCAUCAGUGCACAAGCAUGCGCUGUUCGUUGAUGAGGCCGUGUAUCCCAGCAGCCUGUGGGGCCCGUCACUCGACCAGCUGGACCAGGUGGUGGAGCGCUGCCUGCUGCCAGAGCUCAGUGUGGGAGACUGGCUUCUCUUCUCCAACAUGGGGACAUGCAGCCUGGAAGAGUUCAGCUGUCUCUCAAGCUCCAGUCAGCUGCCAGUCUACUACACCAUCUCCACCUCUGACUGGUAUGAGAUGCAGGAGGCCGGAGUGGCACUGGACAGUGCCAUGAAGAACUUCUCCCUGCUCCAGUACAGCGCAUAGCUCUCCUUGGGCCCCCCCGUCCUGUUUCGUAUUGCACAGAUCUUUCUAACCUCUGCUUUCACUGUGUGAGAAGAGAGGUCGACGUGGUGUUUGGGAUAUAAGAGGCUAAAUGUGGUUAACAUUCCAGCCACCUCAGAAAAUGCAUCAUCCUUUUUUCCUUCCAGAGUUGGACAUUUCCCCCCCCCUACCUUUUAACAAGAUAAACGGAGUUGGUUGUGUGACGCCUCAUUCAUCUAAAAUUCACCUGGAAAAUAAAUUUGAAUUUUUCUCUUCACUGAAAAAGGCCAAGCUCAGAUGAUAUUAUGCAACAAAAUGGAUGACUCUUUGGAGAUGGGACCCCCAACGUGUUUGGGAUGGUUUAUUUCUUUAAUCAAAUUCAGUUUACAAAAUGUGUAAUUUAAUCAGUAAAAUCUAAUGGUCUCUAUUAAUUACUUGUCAGUUGUGUAAACUCCAGUCCUUUUUUUGUUUGUAUGUGGUUUUGUUUGUUUGAAAACUUCAAUACUUUCUAUGCUUUUUGUCUUUCAGACCCCAUACUUUGCAUAGUUCUAACUUGCUUUAUUGCAGUCCACCUUUAAUGUAUUUGUAUUUAUUGGAUUCAGAUAAUACUGUGGCAUAUGUAAAACUCCAUCUUUAAAUGUGUUUUGCCCAGUUGUUGCUCUGUGGCCCACCUAUCAGUGUUUUUUCUAAGAUAUUUUAUUUUUUUCCCUUUAAAACUACAAGAUUAGGUGUGCCGUUAUUACCAUUGGUGACCUCAGUGGUUUCCCUUCUUUCAAAGGCAGAAAUACUGUGAGAUUAACUCCAUGCUAAUACAGAGGAGCUGCUUAUUGAAACAUGUCUUUCCUCUUAACAAAGAGAGGAGCAAUCUGGUUUAAAAUGUGCAAAAUUUAUAGAUUUGGGAGGAAAAUAAGAACAAUAUUUAACAUAGCAGCUCUUAGCUUUCAGGUCUUGUUCAGUAAAGGUCUACACUUGCAUUAAAUUAUCUUUAAAGCAAGCUGAGAUUUAAGAUUCUUGUCCUGGAGAGCUCAAACAAAUUAACAAAAGUACAUUUCUAUAUAUUUAAAAUAAAAAUAAAAAAAACAUUGCUAAUUGUACACAGGCUUCUCGGAGGAAAACGCUUUCCCCGUGCCUCCAGAGAUGCAAGUGGUGUAAAGCACAGCAUCUUGUACAGCUUCGUGUUUGAUAAUGAGUUAACAUGACAAAAAGCAGUUUUCAAAGAAUCCUGCCCUUGUGUUUUACAAGUGACUAAUGUAUUAAUUACUUGUCUAAGGCACUAAUGGACCAUAGCCUGUUUUUGACUGUAAAUUGUGCUCGUUAAAGUAAUGAAAGUGAAUAAUUUAAUACAUUUCUGACUGAAA